AUGUCUGGAUAUAAGACAUUUGCUGUUGCAGGAGCGGGAAACCUAGGCAAACUCGUAGUUGAGGAGCUUCUUAAGAAGAAGACUAACGGGGUGGUCUCUUCUGUCGCUUUCUUGACACGCAAAUCAGACGAACACAACGAUCUGGUCGAGAAGGGCGCCAAACGCGUUGUUGUUGACUAUAGUUCCCAAUCGUCGAUCCAGUCCGCUCUUUCUGGCAUUGAUGUCGUUAUUUCGACGCUUGUAGUUGCUGAUGUACAGGAAGGUCUUGCAAUCGGUGCCAAGGAAGCUGGAGUGAAGCUCUUCGUACCCUCCGAAUUUGGAAACCCAAUUGAUGGACCCACCGAAUUGAUAUGGGGUCAGAAAGCUGCGUUGAAGAAAAAACUCGAGGAUGAAAUGAAUUUACCCUAUGCCGUAUUCUACAACGGCCCAUGGGCGGAUUAUAUGUUUCAGAGGGAUUUCGCUGUGGCAUCCGGGUUUGAUUUUGUCAACGGAAAGAUGGUAGUCCCUGGAUCUGGCUUAGCUGAUAUAACCUGGACCACUAUCCCUGAUGUUGCUAGGUUUGUCGCACACGUACUCACUGCACUUCCAAAGGUAAAGAUCGAGGGCCGCCACUUCUGCAUUGAAGGAGAAAGAGCUAGUUUUAACCAGAUCAUUGACGCAUGGAAGGCACGUACGGGAAAUAAUGUUACAGUCUCUUAUCGUCCACGCUCGGAGCUGGAAAAUGAUGUAGCGAAGGACCCGAAGAACUGGAUCCCUAUCCUCAUCUUGGAGUGGGAUAAAGGAAAUGGCGUUGUUGCUAAGAAGCCGGAGGAGCUGGACAAUAACGAAUUCCCGGAUUGGAAACCUCGGAAGGUCAUCGAUGUUCUUGUCGACAUUUACGGGAAGUAG